AUGUGCUGUGAAAAUGUCGGUGCGCAGGUUAGUGAUGGCGUUUAUUCUCAAGGUGAGAGUACUAAUUCUGUUGCCCUGGACGAUAUGGCAAUAAUGGAAAUUAAGUAUUUAAAAAAGUUACUGGUGGAAAAGGACAAGGUAAUCGAAAACCAAAAAAUAGCAAUUGACGCGUUACAUAGGCAAAUCGCCUUAACAGAUAAAAUUUACAACGUUAUACCAUCAAAUGUUGACAAUAGGAUAUCUAGUGACCUGACCUCAACCAUAUCAAAGUCAAAGGUAAAUAAACAAAAAUCUAUAAAAUCGUCAGUCCUGCAAUGUAAUGAGCCAGGGCCUUCUAUCUCUGUUGCGGAAGAGAAUCUUCUUGCCCUGCCAAACAAAGGACAACCCUCAAGCGGCAAGGGACGUACUACGACUAGGCUACUUAAAGAAGGCAAGGAAGCGACAUAUGCGGAAACCCUUCAACAACCGGUAGGAGUCACUAAUAGUUCAUUAAAUAAAAAUAAUGACACAUCACCGAAUGGUGAUUGGAAAACUGUAAAUAAGAAAAAUAGACGCACGCCUACCGUCGUGGGUAUAAAAGACUCGUUAAGUCAAGACUGCAUUAAAGCGGCAACAAACCGAAUAUAUCUACAUGUUUAUAAACUAGACCCAGGAACUACAUGUGACAUGUUACAGGAUUAUCUUGUGGAGAUGUUUCCCGGAGUACUAUGUGAGCAACUGCAAUCAAAACACCCAGAGUACUACUCAUCUUUUAAAGUGACCGUAAACGAUACAUAUAUGGACAAAAUAAUGGACCCAGGUGUGUGGCCUGCAGGCACAAGGCAAGAAAGCAGUGAGCCAAAUCUCAACAUAUUGCAUAUAAAUAUACAAUGCUUGAGAAAUAAGCUAACUGCGAUUGAAGCCUUCCUCUUGGAUAAAAAUCUGGAUAUUGUCUGCGUUAGCGAACACUGGUUCACAGAUGUUAACGUCACAGAUGCUUUGCGAAUAGGACCGUGGAGCGUCGCUGCACACUUCACAAGAAUCAACUCUAUCCACGGGGGAGUAUUAAUUCUAAUAAAAGAAACUUAUAAGCUGAAGAAGCCCCCUUCAUUUAUAUCCCUGGCAGCUUGUGAAAUUCACUUUGAAAUCUGUGGACUGCAACUAAGUUCUAAUGUCGUAAUCGUUGCUAUUUAUCGAUCUCCUCUGGGGGAUUUUAACGUUUUUUGUGACAAAUUGGAACAUGUUCUUGAAGAAUUAAGAAGCUAUAGUGCCGUGAUCGUGGGGGACUUCAAUGUGAACUUUGCAGAGGAUAGCAUCAGAUCGCAUGCCGUAAGCAACAUGUUUGUGCGGCACGGGUUUAUCAGAACAAUUUUUACACCUACAAGGGGUAAAAAUUGCAUUGAUAAUAUAUUUAUCAAUUUCUCUAUCAACAACUACACGUCUUCUACUACUGAAACUGGUCUAUCCGACCAUUUGGGUCAAGUGGUGCGUGUAUAUGACAAUUGCGGGUUGAGUGAUAAAACUUAUGUGACCACCACAUUUCGACCAUUAUCGCAAUCUGGUUAUCACAAAUUAUUUCUAUCACUUUCUCAAUACGAGUGGAACAAUAUCUUAAAUGAAAGGCAGUGUGCAAAUGCUUCUUUUCAGUGUUUCUUCGACAAAUUCUAUAACACGUUUUUGGAAAGCUUUCCUAUAAGGAAGGUUAGAUCUAGAUCAUGUGACAAUAACGGUACUUGGUUUAACCAUUCUCUCAGAAACUUAAGAAGCAAAGUGCAAUUAUUUAACGGUCUGUAUAACAAAUACAGGUGCCCCAAUUUAUACAGCAUCAAAAGACAUGUGUACAAUGCUUAUCAAAUUGCACUAAAAUCUGCUAAAAUUGCGGCUAACGAUAAAUUUAUACGUUCCUCGGGAAAUUCAACUAAAGCAAUGUGGUCGAUUAUCAAUGCAUACCGUAAUUCUAAUAUCGUCUAUAAAUCUGACUUAUCAGCAGUCGAGCUUGUUUCAUACUUUAACAAUAUCGCAAGUGUUAUAGUUGAUAACUUACCGCUAACUAACAUUGACCCUCUUACCUAUUGUGAUAGUUCAUUUGCUCGUGAUAAUUGCAAGUUUAAAUUUACCAACGUUUCCCAAAUAAAUGUUCGAGAGGUCAUAAAUACGUUAAAAAACAGUAACGGCAAAGACAUCUAUGGCUUAAGUGCAAACUUAAUCAAAAGAAAUGUAAGCCUAUUGGUUAAACCUAUCACAGUAAUUAUUAACUCCAUAAUUAAUUCUGGUAGCUUUCCGGAUAUGCUGAAAACUGCUGUUAUUAUUCCAAUACCCAAGAAAGGUAAUAAGAAUGACAUCAGCGCGUACAGGCCUAUAUCCAUUCUGCCCAUAUUCUCGAAAAUAUGCGAAAGAAUUUUAAAUCAACAAAUAAUGUCGUAUUUGGAAGCUAGUAAUUUACUUCAUGAUAAACAGUUUGGCUUUCGUAAAGGUAGAGGUACAUCGAAUGCGAUCAUUGAAUUUACGAGGAGCACGCUCGAGGCAUUUGAAAAUGGAUUCCAUACUGUGGCAACGUUUAUAGACAUGUCUAAAGCAUUCGACUGUGUUAAUCACGAAAUUUUAAUAAGAAAACUAAGACAUGUUUAUAACUUCGACUCGAAUAGCUGUUCCAUAAUAUCAUCGUACCUAAGUGGAAGAUCCCAUUGUGUCCUUUUUAACAAUGUGGUCUCGCAUAAACUUACUGUUACCCUUGGAGUACCCCAAGGUUCCGUGUUAGGUCCUACACUGUUCCUUAUCUAUGUCAACGAUAUGCCUCUAUGUCUCCCCCCAGAUGUCUCGUGUCUACUGUAUGCAGAUGACGCAACUUUAAUUUCCGCUAGCCGUGAUGUAGAGAGUGCGUCUAGCAAGGCUAAUGCAAGUAUGGAUUCAAUUAAUAACUGGUGUUUAGCUAAUAAACUUAAACUAAAUUCAUCAAAAACAGCUGUAAUGCAUCUUACAUUAAAAUAUGGUCAAGAUGGUGCAAAUUAUAAGACGAUAUACAAUGCAAAGUUUUUGGGUUGUACUAUUGAUCCUCGUCUAAACUUUAAAUCGCACUGCGAUGUAAUUGCAAAAAGAAUUAACCAGUCCAUAUUUCUAUUAAGAAGGCUGGUAAACAAUGUAUCACCGUGGGUUAUUAAAAACGCGUACCAUGCUCUUGUACAGAGCACACUGAGCUAUGCUCUUUUAGUAUGGGGUCAAUCGGUCUCAUGGCAUAUGAUAUUCAAGCUGCAGCGGAGAGCUAUACGUGUAAUGAGUGGUCUGGGUUAUCGUGAGGAUUGUCGUGGAGCCUUCAAAAGACUAAAGUUACUUACGUUACCGUCACUGUACAUUUUAGAAGCUGUAUGCUUUAUAAAAAACAACUUGUUAGCAUUCUCACAACAGGGCGACAUGCAUACUCAUAAUACUCGCACUAAACACAAACUUCGUGUUAACUAUUGUAAACUUACAGCAUCCCAAAAAGGAGCGUAUUACAAAUCACUAACCCUGUUUAAUGUUAUUCCUGUUCAUAUCAAGGACUUACCAAAUAUCAAAUUUAAAUGUGUCGUCAAAAAAUUCCUAACCGAACAUGCUUUUUACACCCUGGAGGAAUUUGUGGAUCAAGUGAAACUUACAAACAUGUCAGAUGUAAGUUGGUAG